AUGAAUGACAAAUAUCACAAGGCAGCACGAGAUGGCUACCUUGACUUGUUGAAAGAGGCAACGCGGAAGGACUUAAACGCUCCAGACGAAGAUGGAAUGACACCGACACUAUGGGCCGCCUAUCACGGCAACUUGGAGGCGCUACGACUUAUCGUAGGGAGGGGGGGGAAUCCAGAUAAGUGUGACAUAUGGGGAAACACACCACUCCACCUAGCUGCUGCCAAUGGACAUCUCAACUGCCUGUCCUUCCUGGUGUCAUUUGGUGCCAACAUCUGGUGUCUGGACAAUGACUACCACACACCGUUGGAUAUGGCAGCCACCAAGAACCACAUGGACUGCGUACGCUAUCUUGACUCCAUAGCUGCAAAGCAGACAGCCCUCAACCCUAAACUGGUCAGCAAGCUGAAAGAUCGGGCCUUCCGCGAUGCCGAGCGGCGCAUCAAGGACUGUGUUAAACUGCAGCGGAAACAUCAUCGCCGUAUGGAGCGCAAGUUCCAUAGGGAGGAAGCCUCCGUAUCUGAUGCCAUGAGCUUCUCCAGCUACGCCAGCAGCACCAUGAGCCGCAAGCUGCGCCAUUUCAACACUGCCACCAUAAGCGUGCCAUACUCCCAAGCUACUCUUCAUGCCACAGCCAGGGGCAAGACCAAGAUCCAGAAAAAGCUGGAGAAAAAGAAGCAGGGCGAUGGGACCUUCAAAAUCUACGAAGAUGGGAGAAAGAGCGUGCGCUCCCUCUCUGGCCUGCAGCUGGGCAACGACGUCAUGUUCCUGAAACAAGGAACCUACGUGAACCCCAAAGACCGUUCAAGGCGCAACAUCCGCGACAUGUUCCCCGGAGACAAUGACGACGUCAUCUCGCGUGCCAUCAGUGAGCCAGACCUUCACGGACAAGACGUCGAUUACUCAGAGAUCAGUACGGACUCAGGCCAUGACUCGCUCUUUAAUCGCCCUGGUCUCGGCACCAUGGUUUUCCGCCGAAACUACGUUAGCGGCGGACUGUUUGGCAUCGGUCCACGAGACGAGGGCAGCCUGGCGGGUAGCGACAAAGCUCCGAAGGUGCGCUUGCGCAGUCGGCUGCAGCGUUCGCCCAGCCUGGACGAGGAUAGCAUCGGUAGUGCCCACAGCCUACAGGAGCGUAACAUGCAGGAGUUGCCCUGGGAUGAGGUGGAGCUUGGGCUGGAUGAUGAUGAUGAGCCAGAGAGCAGUCCCCUGGAGGUGUUUCUGGCCACGCAGAGCAUGAAUGAGUUCAUCCCUGUCUUCAGAAGGGAAAAGAUUGACCUGGAAGCACUGCUCCUGUGCUCUGAUAAUGAUCUCAAAGGGAUUCAUAUUCCCCUGGGGCCGCGUAAGAAGAUCAUGGAUGCCUGUAAGAGACGACUGGAGACGAUUGAGGAUCCAGACAGCAUGGAGGACACGGAACUGUGA